UCAAAUCCCUAAAUCCCAGAGAGGAGAGAAGAGAGAAGAGAGAGGGGUGAAAAUGGAGCACAACCAAGCUGUGGAUGGACUUCUAAACCUGUUCACCAAGGCCAAUCGCGAUCUUUCCGCAGUGCAGAACAAGCUCCACAAAGAGUUCCAGCAAGUUUACCCCGAUCACGCAAAUCCGAUGAAGCUGGUGGAAAGGCUGAAAAAGAUAGAAGAAGAAAUGUCGUCACUGAAAGACGAGUGCCGCGAGCUUCUUGCUGCGAAACAGGUUCUACCAUCACAAAACAUUUCUUGUGAUUUGGUAUGUGAUGUCCAACAGUCAGACACAAAUCAAAAGGGGGCAAAAAAAGUUUGGUGUGUGAAAGAAGAUAUAGCCCUUAUGUCAUCUUGGUGUACUGCUAGUAAUGAUAAAGUAUGUGGAAAGCAAAUGGGUUUUUCUUUGUGGGGGCGAGUGCAUAAUCUGUAUCAAGAAGCUCGAGCAAACAAUUUGGAAGAACUCAACGAAAGAAACAUUGAAUCGAUGAAGUGUCGUUGGAAACGGCUUAAUGCAAAUGGAAAAAAGUGGAUGGCAGCUUACAAGGAAGCAUAUGUUCGGAAAAAGAUAGGAAUGAGCUUGGCGGAUGUUGAGAUAGAAGCUCAUGCAAUUUAUGAAGUAGGUGGUAGCAAGUUUCAGGAUUUGGUUGUGUUUAAUGAAGUUAUGUGUAAACAUCCCAAGUGGGACUUAACAUCUCAAGAUUUUUCACAACUACGUCCUAUAUCUGAAGGGGCUUUUGAAGAAAGUGGUGGCAACUCCAAAAGAUCAAGGACUUUAGUUGUACUUAAUGAAGUUAUGAGUAAACAUCCCAAAGAGGACUUAACAUCUCAAGAGUUUUCACAACCAUGUCCCAUAUAUGAAGAAGGGGCUUUUCAAGAAAGUGGUGGCAGCUCCAAAAGAUCAAGGACUUCUGAAAAUGGGGAUUAUCCUGAACCUUCCAAUGUAGAAACACCAAGUAUUGAUUGUUCAACUAUUCCCCAUCUUAAAACUCCAACUAAUGCAUCAGAAUCUUUACCUACUAAUGAAGUUGCUGUAGAAAUUCGCGCAUUAAGACUCAUUAUAGACAGUGAAGCUGAAGCAAUAAACAAACUAGGAAAUGCGAGAAUCGACUUGGAGCUUAAAAAAGAACAACGAAAGGCUAUGAAGAUGAAUCAGAUUUUGUUGAACACAUUGUUAGCGAAAGAUCAUUUAACCCCAAAAGAUGAAGAGAUGAAACAUCGUCUAAUGGAAAUUGUGCUUAGACAGUGAAUGUAUUUUAUUUUUCAUGUGAUUUUACUUUGUAAAUUUAGUUAUCGAAUUAUGUAAAUUUUUAUUGUAUAACUAGUAGAAGUACUGCACAACAAUGAUUUGCUAUUAAUUGAGUGGAUAUUUGGAUCU